GUGAUGUCAUGCAGUUGUCAGCUGAUCGGUGGGAGGAAAUGUUUGAUGCUAGCAGGUGCUAGCAGAAGGAUUGUUGUCAGUUGAAAAAAAACAACCUUUUAUUUGAUUUCAGGAUCUCGUUUCUCCUUUUUCUUAGUAGGCUGUAUUCUGGGACUUCAACAUAGAAAAAGUAUGUCGGGCGUCGCCUUCAAACUGCUCUCUCUUCUUGUUGGUUUGUUAUUUAUAUCAACACAGACGACGGAUGCUAAGAAUUCAGAGGAUAUUCGGUGUAAAUGUACCUGCCCACCGUACAGAGACGUCGAUGGACAGAUCUACAAACAAAAUGUAUCUCUAAAGGAUUGUAACUGCCUCCAUGUUGUGGAGCCAAUGCCAGUUGACGGAAAGGAUGUGGAGGCGUACUGUCUGCGUUGUGAAUGCAAAUAUGAGGAGAGGAGUUCUGGAACCAUCAAGGUAACUAUCAUAAUCUACCUGUCCAUCCUGGGCCUGCUGUUCCUCUAUAUGGUGUACCUGACCCUGCUGGAGCCCAUGCUGAAGAGGAGGCUCUUUGGACACUCACAGCUCCAGAAUGAUGAUGAUGUCGGGGACCAGCAGCCUUUCGCCAACGCCCACAACGUAUUGUCUCGUUCGGCCUCUCGUCCCAACAUGCUGAACAAAGUGGAGCACGCUCAGCAGCGCUGGAGGAGGCAGGUCCAGGAACAGAGGAAGUCUGUGUUUGACCGCCAUGUGGUGCUCAGCUAAACCCAUCCCCAGGAAACAAAAACCCUGGGUGAAGCAAAUAUAAUUACUGUGACUGUGUGGUCCCUCCUUUUUUCUUUUUUCUUCUUUUGACUGAUUCUUUCCCCGACUUCCGAGCUUCAUCCUCAUUGGUGUUUUGUUCCUCAACAGGACCUGUAUUUCAUGAAAUGUGAUCAUAUAGCUCUAUAUAUUGAGGAGGUGAUCAUAAAGGGGCUCUACAUAUU